AUGGCAGGAAAAGCUAGAGGACCCAAGGGAAAACAAAACCUUGCACCUGAAAAGGAACGGUUUUUACAGUGCUGUGCCGACAUUUCACUUGAACUUGUUGCUAGUUUGAACACAAGCAAGGAUGUGAAUCUAAACGGACUUGUGAACCGUGUUUCUAAAAAGUACAAGCUCAAAAACCAGCCACGAUUGACCGAUAUCAUCUCAUCAAUUCCUGACCAGUAUAAGAAGUAUCUGCUGCCAAAACUUAAGGCCAAGCCCGUACGAACGGCAUCGGGCAUUGCGGUUGUGGCAGUUAUGUGCAAGCCCCAUCGAUGCCCGCAUAUUGCCUACACUGGUAACAUUUGCGUGUACUGUCCUGGUGGGCCAGAUUCUGAUUUCGAAUACUCGACACAGUCUUACACGGGGUACGAGCCGACAUCAAUGCGAGCGAUUCGUGCGCGGUACGAUCCCUAUGAACAAGCUCGAGGACGGAUCGAGCAACUGCGGCAGCUGGGCCAUACAAUCGAUAAAGUGGAAUAUAUCAUCAUGGGUGGAACUUUUAUGAGUUUGGCACCAGAUUACCGAGAAGAUUUUAUUGCCAACCUGCACAAUGCACUUUCUGGUGCAACUGUUGGCAACGUGGAUGAGGCGGUGGCAUACUCACAGCAGUCAUUGACGAAGUGUGUGGGUAUUACGAUAGAAACACGACCGGAUUACUGUACAGAAACACAUCUGAGCGACAUGCUGCGAUACGGAUGCACGCGACUGGAAAUUGGCGUGCAGUCAGUGUACGAGGACGUGGCACGAGAUACGAAUCGUGGACAUACAGUCAAGGCUGUGUGUAAAACUUUUGCACUUGCAAAGGAUGCCGGGUACAAGGUUGUGAGUCACAUGAUGCCUGAUCUGCCGAAUGUGGGCAUGGAGCGAGAUUUGGAUCAGUUUGCCGAGUACUUUGAAAACCCUGCAUUCCGGACCGACGGGUUGAAGUUGUAUCCUACACUUGUUAUUCGAGGUACAGGAUUGUAUGAAUUGUGGAAAAAUGGGCUUUACAAGUCGUAUAAUGCCAAUGCAUUGAUUGAUUUGGUUGCUCGGAUUUUGGCAUUGGUUCCACCAUGGACACGAAUCUACCGUGUUCAAAGAGAUAUUCCAAUGCCGUUGGUGAGUGCAGGUGUGGAGAAUGGUAAUUUGCGCGAGUUGGCACUGGCGCGGAUGCGGGACUUUGGAACAACGUGUCGGGACAUUCGGACGCGGGAGGUGGGUAUUCAAGAGGUGCACCAUAAGGUUCGGCCAGAUCAGGUUGAGUUGAUUCGACGGGAUUAUGCUGCCAAUGGUGGGUGGGAGACAUUUUUAAGUUAUGAGGACCCGAAGCAGGAUAUUUUGGUUGGGCUGCUGCGGCUGCGCAUGUGUUCGGAGGAGCACACAUACCGGCCAGAGCUUAAGGGCUGCCGAGCGUCGCUCGUAAGAGAGUUGCAUGUGUAUGGGUCUGUUGUUCCCUUGCAUAGUCGAGACCCACGCAAAUUCCAGCAUCAAGGGUUUGGCACAUUGUUGAUGGAAGAAGCCGAACGGAUUGCGCGCGAUGAGCACGGGAGCGAAAAGAUCAGUGUGAUUAGUGGUGUGGGGGUGCGCAACUACUAUGCCAAGUUGGGCUACAAGCUUGAUGGCCCAUACAUGUCGAAGAUGUUGGUGUAA